GAAGAUACCGUAUUCUCUCUUUUACAAAUUCACGCUUCAUAAAUAACGUUAAGCUUUCGGCUGAUUUUCUCAACAAAUCAACAUGGGUAGAUCUAAAAGCGACAGGAAAUCCAGGCGAAGUAGAUCAAGAUCAAGAGAAAGACGUAAAGACUAUUCAAGGCAUAGAAAAAGAAGUGUAACAGAAAGCAGUGACAGUGAGGAAGAGAGACGGCGACACAAGAAGCAAAAGAGCUACAGGUCCCAGUCUAGAUCCACACCAGAUAGCAACAGUGAGGAAGAGAGCCGACGUCGACAUAAGCAAAAGGAAUACAGGUCAAGGUCCACACCAAAGAGCAGUGAUAGUGAGGAAGAUAGACGGCGAGACAAGAAGCAAAAGGAAUACAAGUCAAGGUCUAGGUCCACACCAGAGAGCAGUGACAAUGAGGAAGAGAGACGGCGACACAAGAAGCAAAAGAAGCACAGAUCAAGGUCUAGGUCCAGAUCAGAGUCCAGGUCUAGAAGCAAGUCAAAGUAUGAAGAGAGAGAUCGCCACCACAGCCAUAAGCACAAAAAGAGAAGGUCUCGCAGCAGGACAAGAUCUCGCUCUCCUAUAAAACAACCUGAUGUCAGACCGAAGACUGUUGUUGAUGAAAAGAUGAAGAAGUCAGUGAUGAAAGCCUCAGAGACGAUGGAAGAGAAGAGGCUGAGAAGAAUGGCCAAGAAACAGCUCAAAGACAGGAAGAGGAAGGAACAGAUGGGAUGGGAUGAGGAGAUGAUGGGCUAUACCAAUGAAGAUAACCCUUUUGGAGAUCCUAAUCUAUUGGAUACAUUUGUGUGGGUCAAGAAAAAUGAGAAAUUGGGCAUCACAGAUGUUGAACCAGACCAGAUGAAGAGACUUGUUAAAAAGAAACAGAUUGAGAACAGGCUGGAGCUUCAGAAAGUGAAACAGAGAAGAAUAGAAAGAGAGAAGGAGAGGGAACAGAGAGACAAAGAACUGGAAGAGUUACAGAGAGCAAGAGAAGCUGAUUAUUACAAGGAAUGGGAGAGACAGGAAGACCAUUUCCAUUUAAAUCAAGCUAAACUACGGUCCAAGGUCAGAAUCAAAGAUGGCAGAGGCAAACCCAUUGAUCUGCUUGGACAGUACAUCAGUGCUGAGGAUGAUGAAGAUAUCUCCGUUGAGAUGCAGGAACCGUAUAAUGUCCUCAAGGGCUUGACCAUUCCUGAUCUAGAAGAUUUGAUGGAAGACAUCAAGGUGUACGUGGAGCUGGAGCAAGGAAAGAAUGUGGAGUUUUGGAAAGAUAUCACAGUCAUCGCUGAAGAUGAACUUAAUAAACUCAAGAAGAUCACUCCAGAAGGACAAGAGGUUUCUGACCGACGAGAAGGAAUCAAUUCAUCUGUCAGCUCUGACGUUGCCAGUGUGUUUAAGAACAAGACUCAUGUUCAGCUUCUGGCUCUAAAAAGUCAAAUCGUCCAGAGGAUACAGAGUGGCAACGCAGUCGAUAUUGGUUACUGGGAGUCAUUACAGCAGCAGUUAGAUGCACACAUGGCCAGAGCUAGACUAAGGGAACUUCAUCAGGAGAAACUGAGACAUAAGUUAGCAGCUCUUAGACAACAGCAAGGAGUAGAAGCCGCACCCCUCUUUCCUUCGGCGGAGUCUACGUCAGCCGGUUGGGACCCCACCGAACAAAAAGAGAAGCCAUCGACAGAGAGCACCGAGAUAGACAUUCCCUCCGAGGAUGAUGAUGAAGAGGAAGGGAAGAAAGAAGAUGAAGCAAAGCCUGGUUCAUCGGCAGAUGUAGAGGGCACUGUAGGAGGUGUAGAAGAAGGAGCAGUGGGCGGAGCAGCAGCAGAAGAAGAGCCAGAGUCCAUUUUGACUGAAGAGGAUCUUGCAGAGGAGAGCUAUGUGGAGUACUUCCAAGGUAACUACAGCCCCAGACUCCUGGAGCAAAAGGAUCUCUCUAUAGAGAUAUUUGUCCAGGAUCCUGAUGAGGAUAAUCUCAAGCUGGAGACAGCCAGGAAACAUCUUAUCAGUACAGGAUCAGCGGAGACUGAUGCUGAGACAGAAUUUAUCAAGAAAGCCAAGCAAGAGAUGGGUAAAGACGAAUCAACCUUUGCCGUUGAGGUCAACUUGGAACAGAAGCCGUACAUGUGGUCUGACAAGUACAGACCUCGUAAGCCCAGAUUCUUCAACCGUGUGCACACUGGCUUUGAAUGGAACAAGUACAACCAGACUCAUUACGAUAUGGACAAUCCACCCCCAAAGAUUGUACAAGGGUACAAGUUUAAUAUAUUCUUUCCUGAUCUCAUUGACAAGAGGAAAACUCCAGAGUACACGUUAACACCAAUCGCUCAAACACCAGACUUUGGCAUUCUAACCUUCCAAGCAGGCCCACCUUACGAGGACAUUGCCUUCAAGAUUGUAAAUCGUGAAUGGGAGUACUCUCAUCGCCAUGGUUUCCGAUGUCAGUUCAGCAACAGUAUCUUCCAGUUAUGGUUCCGAUUCAAGAGAUACAGAUACAGGAGAUGAAGACACAGACUCGAGCCGCUUACCUCAAGAGAAUGAAGACCUGAACUCUAGCUAUUUGAAAACCAUGUUCCAAUUAAGAUCCCUUGUAGAAUGGCUUGAUGAAGCAAGACAAGUGAACAUUGCAACAGAAACUUCUAGAUCUCAAUGUUUUAUUGGACAUGAUACAGGAUAGUGAUGACUAAAUUAUGCGCAAUAGUCGGAGUCUAGGAGAUCGCCUUGCAGGAUGGAUUUCUGGGCAUCAUUUCACGAAGCUUAUUAGAGCCCCCAUAUUAAAAAGAGUUGCAAUUGAUCCUAUCACCCACAAAUACGGAAAGCCAUCAAUCCCAAUAUAUAAAAUGCAUGUCUGUCCAAAUUGUUUUCGAAAUAUGAUGUAAAUAUUCAUGCAUCGAUAUCCUGAGAAAUCGGCGUGCUCCUCUUUGUUUACAAAGGCCAUUGUACAAACUUCAAUUAUAUUAUGAACAACUAUGACAUCGCUGUAUUUCCAAAAUUGAGAUUAAUCAGAUAAGUCAUAACUCUUUGUAAAUUGGGGCCAAGCACUCACAAGAUGUCCAUCUCUGUCAGUUACCAUAGUAACAAUCGGAGACCAGUGCUUCUCAGCCAAUCAAAACCAAGGAUUUCACUGAAAUAGCAGAGCUGGCUAGUUAGUCAAAGCAGAUUACCUUCAUGAAACACCCCCAGGGCUUGGAUGCAGCAAUAUCAGCAGCUUCGAUUGUAUCAGCCUGACUUUAAGAAUGUUAAAGACUAUUUGUAACAAGUUAAUAAUGCAGAUGAGGUUGUGUGAGAGAAGGAAAAGUAAUGGAUCAAAAAUUAUCCAUUAGCUCGGCCUUUCCAAGUCUGUCCAGCUCAGAUCUAUUCACUUUUGUAUACACUAAAGUACUGUAGGACCAGAAACCAUUCAUUGCUAUGAAACAAGAAAUUUAAAGAAAAUAUGAAAACCACAUAUGUAUAACUUUAAUUUGAAAGUGGUUUAGCAUGCUAUAUAUCUGGACUACACUUUAAAGGAAACGGCUUCAUAAUUAUUUUCACCCAGAAUAUUUGAUACGUAGGAAAAUAUCAGUGGAGAAUUUGCCAAUUGUUUCUGUGGCAAGGUCAGAUGUGAAACUCCUCAGACAGAUGUAGAAAUUCUUUACCGGUUUUAACAUUCUUAUUUUGGUCAUAGAAAACAACAACUUUUAUGUGGAGGCAGCAUUAAUCAGAGGGUUGUUGUUUCAAAUCCUACUCUUGGCGUUGAUUUACAUCAGCAAGAAAUUUAUCUACGUUGUGCUCUUCUGAGGUGAAUGGAAACAGGAAGAAUUUAUUCCUGAAAUGCAAAUCACAUUACUGCUGUCUAAUGCAUUUUAAUUGUAGAGAGGUCAGAAACUGAAAUAGAAAUUGUUGAGUGCUAUAAAAGCAAGAAAAAUUACAUAUUCAAAAGGGUCCAUUCUAGAUGACUUUACUACUUUUGUAUUAAUUUAAAGUGGUAUCCAUGUGAUCUUAGAAUACUGCUCAAUGUUCAAUGGUCUCAGAAAAACAUAGCAGCCAAUUUCCAGGAUAAAUUUAUUCUAUAACUAUAUACUUAUUAAUAGAAUUCCAAAAAUCAUAAUCUUUUCCAUUAAUAACCCUUUUCAAGACAGAAACUAAGCUUUUCUGGUUACAACACAAAAUGCAAAUAAGUAUGAUUUGCUUUUGACAGAUUAGAUCAAACUUAAAACAAUAUUAUGCAUCCAUGAGCACUAUAAUCUUUAUUUCAAAGACAUAUUUGUGUGUAAAUUUGUAAAUACUAUUUUUGAAAUAAAUUUGGUUAAUAAAAUGUUUAAAUCUAGAAUAUAAA